AUGGAAGAAUUCAAGAACCCAUCUGGCACUUCUCUUUUGGUACCAUCAGUUCAAGAGUUAGCUAAAGAUGAGAACCUUUCAACUGUUCCACUUAGAUACAUUCAGCCUCAACUUGAGGACUCUAUUCUUUCUCAAGUUGAUAAUAGUAUGCUUGAAAUUCCAAUUAUUGAUAUUCAUAACUUGCUUUCAAAAGAAUUUGGGAGUGAAGAGUUGGUUAAGCUUCACCUUGCUUGCAAAGAUUGGGGAUUCUUCCAAGUGGUAAAUCAUGAUGUUAGUUCUUCCUUGGUGGAGAAAGUAAAGUUGGAGAUUCAAGAUUUCUUCAACCUUCCAAUGUAUGAAAAGAAAAAGUUUUGGCAAACUGAACAACAUAUGGAGGGAUUUGGACAAGCAUUUGUUGUGAGUGAAGAACAAAAGCUUGAUUGGGCUGAUAUGUUUUAUAUGACAACACUUCCUAAACAUUCUAGAAUGCCUCACUUAUUUCCGCAACUUCCUCUUCCUUUAAGACACACACUAGAGUUAUACUCACAAGAAAUGAAAAAUGUAUGCAUGAUUAUUGUUGGUCAUAUUGGAAAAGCUUUGAAUGUGAAAGAAAUGGAAAUUCAAGAAUUAUUUAAAGAUGGAAUACAAAUGAUGAGGAUGAACUAUUACCCUCCAUGUCCUCAACCUGAAAAGGUUAUUGGCCUCACAAAACAUUCAGAUCCUGUAGGUAUCACUAUCCUCCUACAACUCAAUCAAGUAGAAGGACUCCAAAUAAAGAAAGAUGGCAUGUGGGUCUCUAUUAAGCCUCUUCCAGAUGCCUUCAUUGUCAACAUUGGGGACAUGCUAGAGAUUAUUACGAAUGGGAUAUAUCGAAGUAUAGAGCAUCGAGCAAUAGUGAACUCAGAAAAAGAAAGAGUUUCAAUUGCAACGUUCUAUAGUCCAAAACAAGAUGCUAUUAUAGGUCCUUUGGAGAGUUUGAUUACUGAACAAACACCUUCACGAUUUAGAAAAAUUGGAGUUGAGGAGUACUUCAUCAAAUUAUUUGCGACUAAACUUGAUGGAAAGUCUUACAUUGAUGUCAUGAGAAUAGAGCAUGAAGAUUGA